GAGUCAGACAAAAGGGGUCAGUUGAUAAGUUUUUUUUGUAUCUUAAAUAUUUACAUGUCUAAUUUGACAGUAUGUGAUGUAGCAGAUGACAUCAUAUUCUUGGGACAGCUGUGAAGUCAGUCUGCAAAACACAGCACAGGGAAUUAGGCCUUUUUAAGUUCAGAUAGACUGGACAUUCACUCUUCAGUGAUAUUUUUCUAAAGACUAAAGCUGUGAAGUCAGUCUACAAAACACAGCACAGAGAUUUCUAUACUUCCAGAGAGACUGGACAUUCACUCUUCAGAUUGAGGUUACAUUAGCUAUUAUGCUUUGUGAGCUGCUGAGAAGACAAACACAGAGGAGAUGAAUAACUCUACAGUGAACCUCACCACACCUGAAACAUCUACAAACUACAAAAUUCAGUCCUGGGAGCUUAUAGACAAUCUGGAAAUCUUUGUGUACAGCAUCAAUUUGUUUAGUUUUCCUACACACUGCUAUGUUAUAUGGCUCAUCAUUGGAUCAAGAAGUGGAGUUACAUUAGAGUUCUUCAACCUCAAUCUGUCUGUUUGUGAGAUUGGUAUCUGUCUGAAUAGUUUGUUCUUUAUACUGUCAAGGUGGUUUUCAUGUCUUGAAUUUUUAGAUCAGUUUUUAGCAGGAUUUACAUACACCGGUCGUCCUCUGUUUCAGUGUCUGAUGUGUGUUGAGCGUUACCUGGGAGUGGUUCAUCCUGUAACCUUUCUGAAGUACAAACCUCUCAGAUACAGAGUCAUCUGCUGCACUGCUGUCUGGAUAAUUAAUCUUGGCUCCUGUUUGGUCUGCAUGUACAAUUUAGCCUCAAAAAACAAUCAUGCACAUGCGUUGUUCUUGACAGUGGAGCUUACACUGGUCAUCUCCAUCCAGUUGUUUUGUCUUGUGUCAGUUCUCAGAGCUCUGAAGCAAUCAGGACCAGGAGUGAGAGGGAGAAAAAGAGAGGUGGACAACCCCAUAAAAAGAAGAGCACUUUUUCUUAUUCUAAUAACCACAGUGACCAUGUUUAUACUAUUUUUCCCAUUUGUAAUCAUAGGAUUAUUUAUCAUAGUGACUGCUGAUUCUUCUCCAACAGUCUGGCUCACUGGCGUGACUUGUUUUAUUCUGGCUGGUUUUGUACAGCCUCUUCUUUAUCUGCACCGCACUGGAAAACUCUCCUUUGUGCCUCAUUAAAUUUGCAGUUGUUAUAUUACUAGAUGAAGUCAAUGAAUUGUAGUAAAUUGUAUUGUUAUACUGUAUAUCUGCAGUUACAAUAUUUAACUUAAGUUACUAAAUAUUACUUAUUGAUGACUUUUAUUUCUGUAAAUCAGAGUGUACAGCAUCAAUCUCUUGUUUGGUCUUCCUAUACACUUCUAUGUCA